CCAAGCAGGGCUGUGGCCGGGCGGAAGUGACGGUCGUUUCACCUGCUGGGCUGCAAGGGGACAGAGGAGGGCGGCGCGAGCCGGCGACUGUCCGUUGGGAAUUCGCUCGAGAGUCGCUCCUUUUCCUCUGGCCGCCGGCGACUGUUCUCUCUCGCUCUCUCUCUCUCGCUCUCCCCGCCAUGGCAUCGCUGCUGCCGCUCUUCUGGGCUAUAACGUUUCUUUGCGCAGAUCUAAUUGAAGGUGUAACAAUAACAUCAACAGAACAGACUAUGGUUACAAAAGCUCAAGGAGAUAAAGUUACACUGUUGUGCACAUUUACUCUCACUACAGCAGAUGAAACCCCAGUUGAAAUUGAAUGGAGCAUUUUUCCACCAAAAGGGGAAGAACCAGUUAUCAUAUAUAAUGAAGGCAAAAUUUAUGAUAAAUAUCUUUUGAUGGGACGAGUACAAUUUGCUAAACAAAAUCCAGCAUCUGGAAAUGCAAGCAUUGAUAUCUUAAAUUUAAAAACAGAAGAUACUGGUAUAUACCAAUGUAAAGUGAAGAAGCUUCCUAGUAUUGAAACUCAUAGAGUCCAUUUGAUAGUACUUGAAAAACCCAUAAAGACUAAAUGCCACAUUGAGGGAUCACAGGAGAUUGGAAGUGAUCUUACUCUGAAAUGUAAAUCCCAACAAGGCUCUCCCAUCAUAGUGUACUCCUGGACAAAAACUACUGGUUCACAAGAACUUCCAGCAACAGCGUUACCAAAUGAAAAUACAGGUGACUUAUUUGUGAAAAAUGCCUCUCAGACCUAUUCUGGUACUUACACAUGUUUGGCUAACAAUAAGGUCGGCAGAGAUGAAUGUUCUGUCAUACUGACUAUUACACCCCCUAUAGAUAGAGCUGGUACUAUUGCUGGAGCAGUUAUAGGAACUCUUCUGGCACUCAGCUUAAUAGCUUUCAUCAUUUUCUGUUGCUAUAAGAAACGAAGAGACACAAAAUAUGAAAAAGAAGUACAUCAUGAUAUCAGAGAGGAUGUCCCUCCUCCAAAGAGUCGUGCCUCAACAGCCCGCAGCUACAUAGGGAGUAAUCGAUCAUCUUUGGGCUCAAUGUCUCCAUCUAAUAUGGAUGGUUUUACCAAAACUCAAUACAAUAAAGUGCCGAGUGAAGACUUUGAACGUGCUCCCUCUCAGAACCAGUACUUUGAUCCACCAAAGUUCGAAAAUGCAUGCGGGAUGCGUGACAUAACAGUGGUAUAAAGUUGAAGAAACAUCAUAUAUCAUGAAUUUACAUUAUGAAGGAAAUGAAGUACUCUGUUUUAUCAUUCUGCUUUAAUGUCUGCAGACAAUGGUAGAGUAAAUCUACUAUAGGUAAUAUUUGCCUUUCAAAUAUUUAAAAGUAUACUGCUUGAAAAUUUUAUAAGAGUCCCAGACAUGGAAAAUGUGAAAAGAGAAAUGAAAUUGAUUGAAGAUCAUGCAGUUACCUACUUGAAUGGAGCAAUUUAGGCCAUCGAACCUUCUGCUUAGUGCACUAAUCCCUUUUAAAGCACUCCUGACAUAUGGCUGCCUGCUUUCUUGGGACACAACCAAUAAAUGGAAAUGUAUGAUUGGUUUCAUUAUUGAACUGUUCUUACAGUCAGCUGAUUUAACAUGUAAUGGAGAUAGUAAGUAAUAUAGCUUUGGUUCAAGUACUUAUUGAGUAAAACAUGCAUUUUCUAAUGUACUUUAGAGGCAAUCAGUAUCAUUUAACACUCUGCCUUUCAGAUUAUAUUUUUAUGCUUUUAAAAAUUGUAUGGAUCUGAUUUUUUUUUAAAGGUAUGUCUUAUUUUUUUAUUAUUUGAAUACAAUUAAAAAACUAUAAUAUACAAUACAAAAUCAUAAAACCAUAAAAUAAGAAAAACAUAUAGGUAGAUAUUCAUGACUUUUUUUACACAAACCAUUCAAUAAAUGGUUCCAUUUCAUUAUAAUUGUCCAUAGCUAAUGUACAUUGAUAAGUAAUUUAUUGAUAAUAAAAUCUGUUCUGCAAAUUGAUGAGAAGCUACAGAUCAUAUGUUUAUGUUCCAAAUUUUAAAAUAAACCUUUAACUGAAUUAUUUUUUUUUAAAAGCCCCUAAUUAAUAUCAACAUGUGCCAUGUGGCCUAUUUGUUUUGCAUCCUUCAUCUUUCUUUACUUUUAAAUGGAGGCCAUGGUUGAAUCACCUAUUAGUUUUUUGUCGCUUUAUUUUAACAUCAACUAUAUAUACGUCUUAAUGGGGUUCCUUACAAGAGGAAUCAGCAGAAUCAGUAAAAUUAUAUUAUUUAUAAUGAAAUAUUUAAUGUCAUUUGCAAAAUCCUGACAAAACUAUGUAAUAAACUUUAUAUGGAGAUAAUUGCUUUGGUUUUUUUCAUGCAUAAAUUUCUAAAAUAGGGAAGUAAAUUAUACUUUAAUAUACAGUAUUUAAAUCUGUUAUUUAGAAAUGAUUCUUGAGAGUACAAUUUAACGUCUGAAUCAAGAAUUGUGAAAAGCUGAAAAACUAUGUUUUUAGGAAUGUAAUGUGAAAUGUGUUUACACCACAAAUGUGUUUACACCACAAAAAUAGAAAUUUAGAGGCAAUCAAGGGAACUGAUAAUUCAUAAAAAAAUGAAAAUCUUGAUAAUAGUUAAUAAAGCUAAUAAUCUUG